UUUGCCUCCCAUCUUGUACCAGCAUCGACCUCCGUCGCUUUUCACACCGCGAGAGCUGUCCGUGGUUCUGAAUAUUUAUUCCAACAUUGCAAACGCGAAAUGCAAUUGACAAGACGGCAGUGAGGCGAGUACAGUUCCAGGAAGUAUUAAAGUUGGAUAGAUUGCCGAUGAAAACAGAUCAUAGUGUGUGGUACUAGUCUUAAGAACUUACCGUUUGACCCAGAUUGAUCAACAAAUGGUAUGACAUAUCAGAAACCUCCGUGGGUGUAACGCUGUCUAAACCGUUCGAUCGUCAUACAGACGUUGAUGCUGAAUGUCGAAUUCAAAUUCCCUCUGGUGUCUGGUGCUUCAAGGCCUGUAUAGGUCAAUGUUUCGUUCAUACUGAUGUUCCAAGGCUCUGCGGUUAAUUCUCGUUGCGCUGGAUCUAUCGUGCCAGAAGAUGUGUGUGGAGGGUGAUGGAUGCGAGCUGGACAGCUGCGGCAAGUCGGACUUGGUCCACACGCUCUCUGGCACAAUGAGCCCCGGUCUGAAACCGACCGCCGAUCUCCACCCGUGCAAACCCGGGCAGAAAUUCCGCGCUUCUCUUCUGAGAUGCAGGUCUCCCGCGGCCGCUGCAGGGAUACUCAGUUUUGGAAACGUUCUGAAUUACAUGGACCGAUAUACUGUGGCAGGUGUUCUGCUCGACAUCCAGAAGCAUUUCACGGUGACGGACAGCGAGGCGGGACUCCUGCAGACAGUCUUCAUCUGCAGCUUCAUGGUGGCGGCUCCCAUCUUUGGUUACCUUGGCGACCGUUUCAACAGGAAGGUCAUCCUGAGCUGCGGGAUCUUCUUCUGGUCCGCAGUGACCCUCUCGAGCUCCUUCAUCACAAAAGAGUAUUACUGGCUGUUUGUCCUGUCGAGGGGCCUGGUGGGUAUCGGGGAGUCCAGCUACUCGUCCAUCUCUCCCACCAUCAUCGGGGACCUGUUCACCAACAACACCCGCACCAUGGUGCUCUCCAUCUUCUACUUCGCCAUCCCCCUGGGCAGUGGGCUGGGCUACAUCCUCGGGUCCAGCGCCAAGCAUGCAGCUGGGGACUGGCAUUGGGCUUUAAGGGUGUCCCCGGUUUUGGGGAUGACAGCCGGGACCCUGAUCCUCUUCUGUGUUCCGGAACCCAAGCGGGGGAGCGCCGAUCAGCUGGGGGUGCAGCUCAAGGCCCGCACCACUUGGGCCUGCGACAUGAAGGCCCUGGCCAAAAACCGCAGUUACGUGUUCUCGUCCCUGGCCUCGGCCGCCGUGUCCUUCGCCACGGGCGCCUUCGGCAUGUGGAUCCCGCAGUACCUGUACCGGGCCCAGGUGGUCCAGAAGACCGCGGUGCCCUGCACCGAGGAGCCCUGCAGCAUCCGAGACAGCCUGAUUUUCGGGGCCAUCACCUGCGUGACGGGCUUCCUGGGGGUGCUGAUCGGGGCGGCCUCCACCCGCCUGUGCCGGCAGAAGACGGAGAGGGCGGACCCGCUGGUGUGCGCCGUCAGCAUGCUGGGCUCGGCCAUCUUCAUCUGCUUCAUCUUCGUCGCCGCCAAGAAGAGCAUCGUGGGAGCCUACGUCUGCAUUUUCAUCGGGGAGACGUUGCUCUUUUUAAACUGGGCGAUUACGGCGGACAUUUUGAUGUACGUCGUCAUCCCGACGCGGAGAGCCACUGCCGUGGCCCUGCAGAGCUUCACCUCGCACAUCCUGGGGGAUGCUGGGAGCCCUUACCUGAUUGGUCUGAUCUCUGACGCGCUGCAGAAGAGCUACGCCCACUCGGCCCUGUGGCAGUUCCUCAGUCUGGGCUACGCGCUGAUGCUCUGCCCCUUCGUCAUCAUCCUCGGGGGGAUGUUCUUCCUCGCCACGGCGCUCUUCUUCCUGGACGACAGGGACGCGGCCGAGAAACAGGUGAAGAGGAACGGCGGCGUGGAGCGGGUGGAGGAGAUGAAGCUGGUGCCGCCGGCCGUUGCCGGCGCCCGUCCCGCCCGACCCGCCCGGCCCGCCCGGCCCGCCAGGACGCAGCUCCGCCACAGCGCCAGCGCCGGCGCGGCGCCGCUGCGGGACCGCCAGGCCUUCCCCGUCGGCCCGGUGCUCUGCAGCCGCUGCCAGUCGCUGCGCUUCUACACGGACCCCGCCACUGCCAACCGGACGUCCCUUAAGGACGUGCAGGUCACGUUCGUCAACGCCGGCCAAGAGCCCGGCGAAAUCGCCCUACGGUCCCUGUGCUGACAGGACGGUUUGGGGAAUGAGGGGGGGAACGGGGGACGAGGGAGGGCGCCCUGCUGUUUUAGCGUCUGAAUGCAGAGUAGGCCACGCCAUGUGGAACAGAGCAUCUGUGGUGUACAGCUUUUAAAGGCACGAUAGGGGGGUUUGAGUUGUGUGGGACUGCGGGUUCUUCCCAAAGAGCGUUUCAGACAGGAAGAUAUCCCAGGCCUCACAUGGAGGGAUACUGGCUAUGGCUUCAAAGCCAGGAUUUAUUUUACUUUACCUUUUACUUAACAGACCUCCUUAUUUUUGGGGGUGAUUUCCGUAACUUAUUGUACAUUUUUUUACAUGCUGUCCAUUUAUAAAAUGGAUUUUUAGAGAUUAAUUCAGUAAAAUUACCUUUCUCCCCACUUUGGACCUGAACCUGAACAUGACAAACCUGGGUUUUGGGGCCAACACACUGCCAGUUCAUAGAUAACACAGGUCUUCUUUUUUUGACGUGUUACCAAACUGAGAGUACAUCAUUUACCAGGAGAUUAACUGGAAGCUUUUCAAACUCCCUGCAGGCAAUGCAGCUUAUAUGAUACAGUUGUGUCAUUUUGCUUCAGAAAUGCAUUGUCUUUUUUUAUUAUUACAAAACACUAGACAUUUUUAGAGCAUGCUAGUACAGCACCAAUGGCUUAUUGUGACUGUUUCAUUUACAAGCUCCUUUUAACAAAAUUAGUCUGUUUUAAAAAAAAAUAUGUUUCACAACACACGGAGAAGCAUCUAAAUCCUUGCAUUUAAGAUAACAUUUUGUUCUCCAAUGAGUAUUAACCUGGCCCAAAAUUUGAUUUGAUACCCUGAAGGUUUAUGAGCAUAACAGUGAUUUUACGGCUAGGUCAAAUGAAUGCGUUACGACCUAUUAUGAAGUUGUUAUUCACUGUAGGAUAUAACGCAUGGAGAAAGCACUGCCCACAGACAGCGCCUCUCAGUCCAAGUGAAUUUAUACAGUUAAUCCGUGCGAUUGAAUGAGACCAACCCAAAGGAUGGAAACUGAUUGAAAUUCAGGCUUAUGUACCCAUUCUGUGUCUAUAAAUAUUUUAUGUACGGAAGAUUUCCAUAGCAGUACGCUUUAACCAGGGGCUUAUAUUCCAUAUUUCCCCUGUUUAUUUUCUGUGUGUUCAAAAAGCACCUUGCAUAUUUCAGAUAAUUAUAGUCAACACAGAUGGUUUUCAGUGGGACAUUAAAAGAAACCAGAUAGUAAAUCUGGUGUGUUUGAUUACUAAUAUGUUGAACAUUGGCUGGUAGCCAACUAUUAUUUAUAUGUUUUUAUUUUUAACUACAGUGGAUGUGGCAAAGAAUCAUGUGCUACUAUCAAACUACUUUUUAAAUGAAAAAAUAACCAUAUGAAGGGUUUUGUGGUUCUUCACUGGAUUGUACAGGUAUAAAAUAACAUUUAGGUAUAUACCUGUAUCAUGCAGCAAUAUUGAUGUCUUGAAAACAUUAGCUUUCCCAUGCCAUGUAUUUAUAUUAGGUAUUUGUAUUUUGCACCAUGGCAACUAACUGAUUUAUUAUUAUUAAUAUUACUAUUAUUAUUAUUAUCUUUCUUUUUUUGCAAUGUACCACUUUGCAUUGCUCUUAAUUGUGUGAUAUUGCUUAGCUGAACAACCAUGCUUUUUACAUUGCUGAGAUUUCAGUGUAGUGUUGACAUAUCCAAUUUAUAGGACUACACUGACUUAUAACAAAAUUGAUGGAUCAGGGCCCCUAAAACAUAGGAAAUGCUGUUCGGUUGUUGCCAAGUGAUGUACUUUUAAGUUUUAAGUCAACAUCACGUUAAUUGUUUCAUUUAAUUGGCUGCUUGAAUAUGGAAAAACAAAAUAAAAGUGAAAGUGUCAAGGGAGUUAUAGUACAUAUAAAUUGAAAAAGACCCUGUUUGGCACUUUUAAUCAUUUUCAGGAUGUGGGGCUGAAUGGAAUGGAGAGUAUGAAGAGUUAAGAGUGUAAUACUGGGGGUGAUCUUUUGCAUGCAAUACUGCCCUUUCUUACCCUUGUUACUUGGCCCCGUUUGUUUUUCUGCAGUCCGACUGCAUAGCUUGCAGCCCCAUGACGUGUACCAAUAGCCGCUGUAGUUGACUGUAGUAGAUGCGCCAUAUGCACGUUUCGUCUAUGGAUCACGAAUGACCGUGAAAUUUUGCGCACGUGAAGGAGCUCAAUUGCUCCGCAUCGUGAAUGCCUUCAGAUCGCUGUAUAUGCUGGCAGCUUAAUACGUGUUUCCUUUUCCUAAAUGCAUUGUUUAGCAAUUACAUGGCAGAAGCUACAACUGAAAAAUGGGAGGCAAGCCCAGGAAGAAAGGUCUUAUAUCUGCAAUACAGCUGACCAGCCACAAGGGAUAGCUCAAAGGCUUGGUCUGUGGUCCUUAGUUAGAGGUAAACACUUGCGUCAAAUUUUAAAUCACAGCACUGACUUGUAUUUAAUCCAUCUUACAUAAGCAAUUUGUGAUCAGAUAUGUGACGUAUGAACGUUUUAUAAAACGAUUCGUAUAUACUUGGGUAGUCCAGGUAAAUUGAAUGUUAUGUUUUUGUUGAAGAAAUUGCAUUGAGGAGGUAAAAAUGUUGGGCCACAGAACAUGCCUGGCCUUACUUAUGACAUCACAAUUUUUUUCUUUUAAACCAUGGCCUUGAACACAUAUGGUUUGGGAUUUAGGGUCAACAUACCAGGUUCUGAUCCUCUUUUUUUAAAUAAAUUGGUACUUUACUACAAUCCAUUGCAUGGGUAAUGUGAUGCAGUAAAACACUCUUCGUUUCUUGUUAUACAAGAGCUGUGUAAAAAAGUGAAUCCUAUUUCUGAUAUGAGGCAGAAUCAAGAUCUUUUAUUUUUUAGAACAAAUGUAAUUACAACUGAUAACUAGGAAGUAACUGUCUCUGUCCCAUAGGGGGAGAUAUUAAAUUACAAAUGUACAUGUAAAUUGUGAAAUAAACUUAUUCAGCUGAAGUGAA